UUAGUUGGUACGUGAACGCCUCGACGGACGGUUGGGCAUCACAGACAGCGCAUCUUCGCCCGGGGCUAGCGUGUGUGGCCGGAAGAGAACGAACCCGAGAGAAGGACAGGCUUUCGUGUAGUGUAUGCGUUGGACAGAAAGAGUGGUGAGAGAAGAGUGAGCCGUUCGACUUUACGGAUACGCAAUUCCUUCAGCCCGCUUACAGCACCGGGAAAGGGCACGAGCACGAACACACGUAAACACACGCACAUACACACCUGCACGCAAUCAACCCCGUCCUGCCGCGGACGCACCAGCAGCGGUGGAUCUGGACAGGAGCUAACAGGGUCGGGCGGAGGCGCCGUGGCCAGCGCGGGCGCGCGCACGAGGAGCGAACCGAUCAGCGAUCAAAUCCCGUGGAGAGCAAAGCGCGCUCACUCUUGACCGGAGCGGCAACCCCAAAAGGAUCAAAUUUACCAAGACGAGCCCGUCAUUGCAUCCGCCGGCAAGCAAAAAUAACAGCCCAAAACGUUCAGCAUGAUUAUUAGGAGUUCGGGCCUGUUCGGGCUCGACCAACACACGAUGGCGUUCUUACUAGUGGCACUAGCACUGACGCUGAUACCGGCAGCACACAGCGCCCCGAUGUACGAAAGUGAUCAAACAGAGCUGGAAAAUUAUGGCGAAUCGACCGGGUGUUACUACAACUACAACCAUUACGGCGAAGGCGACCGCAUCAUGACGAACGAACCCUGCCUGAACUGUACCUGCCACGACCGCAUGCUCAUGUGCUAUCUGCGCGUCUGCCCGUUCACGAAGGCGAUCGGUCAGGACUGCACGAUUGAAAAGCGGGAGGAUCAGUGCUGCCCGGUCAUCACCUGCCCGGAGGUGGAGGUGCAGCUCGUCGACCACCAGACGACGGCCAGCCCGUCCAGUGCGCUCGGUGCCACCGCCGGCAGCGAGGUCGGUUCGCUCGACCAGUACGGUUGCUCGAUCAAUGGACGCUUCUAUCCGGAGGGAGCUCAGGUGCCAUCAAACCCACAAAAGCCGUGCGAACUGUGUUACUGUAUUCGCAACAUGACGACCUGUGUGAUGCAGGAGUGUACGUUGCACAUCGAUGGCUGUCAGCCAAUCUACAACAAGGGUGUCUGCUGUCCGGUGAAAUACGAUUGUGAUCACGACAAGGAUUCGACCCUGAUGUUGGAGGACGAACAUACUACUACGGUGCGUCCGACGCCCGGCUUCAUUCUCACGACCACCGUCUCGCCGGCUGUAUCUACGGACUGCGUGCACAAUGGAGAAACGUACGCGGAUGGUGCACUGAUCAUGACGGACAAGCCGUGCGAACACUGCUACUGCAUGCGAGGCGAUAUUGUGUGCGCAGUUCAGGAGUGUGGAACGCCGCUGGAGAACGAGGGCAAAAACUGUACCGCACUGCCACCAGCAGCCGGACAGUGCUGUCCGGAUAAGUACAUCUGCGACGGAAGUGCAGCCGCACCGAUGACGACUACAGUGCCAGCGGUUACAGCUGCCGCGGACGACGCUGAAGAGCAGGAAGAGGAACAGGAACAGGUAGCACAGUCGUUCGAUAAGGCUCAACCUGAGCAGGAUGAGCAGCAGUCUGAGGCGACGCUAACGACCACAGCAGCUAGCGUGGAGCGCACCACAAUGCCACAGCAUGAUGACGUUGUGCCAGUUGAGAAGGAAGAGAUUGACAGCGAGGAUGAUCAGCAAGAACAGGAACAUGUGGUACCACAGUUUGAGGACGUUCAGACCGACGAUAGCCACGAGGAAGCCGACGACGAUGAUGCUCAGGUACCGGAGAAGGUUGAUGAUGAGCAGGUAGCGACAACGGCACGCCCAUCCUUGAGCGAAGCACCCGAAGCUGAAAGCGAUCACAUUCCUGGCCAUGUGGGAUCACACGAAAGUGAGGAAGACAAACAGCAGGAAGCCACAACCGUGGCUGACCUUGACGCUCCAUUGACAACCAUGCGUCCAGCAGUGCAAUCGACAACGGUGUUGGUGGAACAAGAAAGCACAACAAGCCACGCUGACGUUGAUGCAGAGGAGCACGAUGUUACUGGCACGACUGUUGCACCCACCAUAGAUGAACAGGCACCGGAAGCCGAUGCAGCGCCGUUCGAGGAGGAAGAGGACGAGGCACCGGUGACGACAAAACCAGCUUCCGAUGAAAUUGCCGCACCUGAGGCAGAGGCGACGACCGUUUCGCGUGACGAAACUGUUGAGCAGACGAUGACGACCGCUCUUCCAUCGCAACAGGUACCGCUGGCGAGUGCGGAUGAGAAGGAGAACGAGAUCGACGAUCAUCACGACCAGACAAAUGCAGUUGAGCAUGAUGAUGGUGCUAGUGCAGACAUCCCUGAAGAACAGAAGGAAGAAGACGUACAGGUCGAGCAGGAAGAGCAACAGGAAGCUGUCACCACACCAGUUGUGCCAGUGCGCGAUGAAGUGCCCAGCGAACAGGACCAGCAGACGUACCAGCCAUCGGAGCCAGAGGUGUCGGUACCAGAGCAAGACAGGCCGGCAGUAGUUAGCACAGACAAGAAGGAGCCAGCCCAAAAAGCUGACGAUGAGCCGCAGAUGCCUGUCGAGCAGGACUUUGUCGAGCUGCCACCGGCAGUCGUCGUGACUGAGCUGCCACCGGUCCCAACUACGUCGGACGAACCUUCCACCACGGAGCAAACGCCUGAACCACCCAAGGAUGAGAUACUGCCUAACAUGCCGCUCGAGGCCGACUCGCACAUCCUAUCCGACUCUAUGACGACCGAGCACGCGCCGACCUUUGGCGAUCGCAAGGAGGACGACGCACAGGAGCAGGAGCAGCACCCUGUGCAGGGUGGAGCCGAUCUGGACGAGCCAGUGGAAAUGAACACAAUCAUUCCGCUCGAUGCGGAGGAGGACCAGAAGGUUGAGCACCCUAAGGAGGAGGACCAGAAGGUCGACGAACAGGAUGAACAGGAUGAGCAGGUACAGGAACAAGCACAGGAUGUCGUACCGGACACACACGCUGACGCUGACGACCAGGCACAGAGCGGCGAAGAGCCGGACGUCGUGACACCUGUAAGCGAUGAUGCACAACCGGAACCAGCAGCACCGGUCGAAAAGGUUGGCGAAGACGACGAGCAGCAGACCGUGCACGAAAGUCCGGACCAACUGUUCCCGGAGUCGAUUCCUGGCGAGGGAGACUGUCUGAUCGAUGGAGUCACGUACGAGAACGGAGCCAGCGUGCCAGCUAGCGGUAAAUGUCAGGUCGCUUGCCACUGCUCCAACAGUAUCGUGCACUGCGAGAUGGUACGGUGCGAGGCUGCUCCUAGCGCGGACUGCACCCCGAAGAGCACAUUGCCGGGUGAAUGUUGCCCAUCGUACAGCUGCCCCAAGGAGGCGUCCACAACGGUGAGCUCUGCCUCAGUUGAGUCGACUGAAGCUUCUACCGAAAGCGAUGCUGAAAGUGAGGAGGAACAGGUGUCGGCUGAUGUCAGCGCAUCCGACUCGGGCGCUUCCAACGUCGAAUCCGCCGAAGCAACAACCAAAGCACCUGCCAGCGAUUCGCAAUCACUGUCCACCGAUGAGGAGGACGAUGAUGAUGUAUCGGAUAAGCCAUCGGAAGCUGAGAGCGAUAGCGCUGGGGCCGAUUUGGAUGAUGAGGUGUUCAAGCCCUACCGGCCAACUGAGCCUUCUCACGGUGAAACGCACAUUAACUUCUUCGCCGGCAACCGGCCAACGACUGCAGACUAUCACGAUGAAAUUAUCCUGAGCACGGUAGCUCCGUCCAAGGUACCGGUGGUGGUCAGCACGCAGGAUGACGAUGUAGCACAAGAAGAUCCAGUAAAGAUGGAGCAACCAGAACAGGAUGCCGCGCCCGCAACUACACAAGCUAGCGUAACGGAAUCUGCGCUCCAGGAAGAGGGUACUACGUUGCGCACUGCAGAGCGUGGCCCCGAGUCUGACGAAAGUGUGGCAGCAGAGCAAGACGAACAGGAGCAAGUAACCACGGCCAAGACAUUCGCUGAGGAGACAGGAACGACGCUUGCCUCGGUCGUAAAACCUGAGGAGGACAGCGUAGUCGAAGAGGGACAGCGAGGGGACGAUGAUGCCAAGCCCGAAGACACUACUAGUGGCGUGGAAACCGAUCAACAGGAUAAGCGUGUAACGACCGUUGUCGCCGAUGAGGUAGAAAAUGAUAAGGACCAAGCAACUACGGUUAGCACGAUUAGCAGCGAUAAGCAACAGGAAGUUAGUAAGGCCGAUGAUGGAGUAACAACAUCUAGCUCAGUCGCAGCAGAUACGCCGGUGUCGGUCGAACAGGAUGAGAAGCUGGAACAGCCAGCACCAACGACAGUUCGCACUGUGGAAGCCGACGAAGAAGCAGCAGUUGCGCAGGAACAAGAUCAACCGCAAAGCUCUGACGAUCAGGCGGAGGACGAUGAUGAACCUUCCAGUACGACAGUCCGUGCCGAUAAGCCAUCCUCAGUGGAGGAAGACGAAGAGGGCCCGGCCCAAGAAGCAACGACAACUCGUGCCACUGAGACAGCUACGGAACAGGAGGAAUCAGUUACGGAAAUCGAAACUAAGCGUAAAACGAUUCAAACGACAGUUGCACCUACAACGGUUUCAGAGCAGCAGGACGAUCUUGAAAAGACUGAAACCACAACGCAGCCAGCUGCUUCUGCUGCUGCUGCUGACGAGCUCCAAGAAGAGGAACACGAGGAGGUGAAACUAACUGAUGAACCGGAAUUAACUGAAGAUAAUGCUCAAGAGUCUGCGGCAGCAACCACCUCACGGCCAACCGUUCAGGAGGAAGCUUCGACACAGUAUGACCAUGAGCCGGAAACCACACACAAGCCAAGCGAAGCGCACGAUGACGAACAGCCAGGCACCACCGUGUCGUCCGUAACCAGUGAGAAGGAAUCCGACGUACCUGUCGCCGUGACUGUCCAGACAGCCAUGGAGCAGGAAGUUGAUGAAGAUGUGAGCAAGGCGACCGAAGCGGCAGCAGCACAUAGCACCACAGCUUCAUCAAAUGCCGUCGAUGAUGCAAUUAUCUACCGCGUCGACGAGGAAGAAGACAACAAACCGAUCGUGAAACCAACGCUGGAAGAAGAAGUUUCAACAUCGCAUGCUGUGCAACCAACGCAUGAUGAGGUGAAGCCUGUUGAGGAUGCAGCGAAGCCACAAGCAGUUGAUGCGCAGGAAACGGACGAUGACAAUUUGAUCAGCCCAGUCGGUGGGGAGCCGGAACAGGACGGUGGUUUCCAUUUCCCGCAAGAGGAUGAUGAGGAACAGGAGGAACCAAUCUUCAAGCCGACGCUGGACGAUACUGAACAGCAUGCCGCGGUGCCAUUGCCUGCCGAAAUUCCUCAGGAAACGGUCCCGCUAGAGCCGGUGGAUCAGAUCAAGGAGCAAGAGGAUGCUGAACAGGGCACUACUCCACGGGCGGAGCAAGAAACCAUGGCUCCAAGUACCUCUAAACCGGAGCUGCCGGAACAGGAACGCGAACGGGUAACGCCAGCGAUCCGAGAUGACGAACAGGAAGACAACGAAAUCGAGGCAGACAUCCAGCCCGUUGCUGUGCCGGAAAAGAAGCCUGAACCGGUGCCAAUGUACGACGAAAUUGAAGAAACAGAGCAGCAAACGGUUGCUCCCACCAAACAAGAACCGGUACCGACAACGGUUGCACAGGAGCAAGAGAGCGAGGUACAGCCGACUACGGAGGCAGCUGGAACGGAUGAGGUAUCCCCUGUGGAGCAGGACAAACCUGAGGCCGAUAGUGAACCAGAGCAACCGGCGCCGGUAACGCAAUCCAGUCCAGUUGAUACAACACCAGCGAUCGUACAGGACAUUGAGCAGGAACAGGAUGAACAGGAACAUGGCACAGAACCAGAGCAGGUGCAUUCCGAUGACAUUCACUCAACGACAGUCCGCGUUGCGGUAGCAGACAGCGCAGAGGAUGAGGAACAUGGCGAGGAACAUCUCAAUACGACGCCCGCCGCUGUGCAAGCUGAACAAGAUGAGAAGGAGCAGACGACUCCAGCGAUUGCGUCCAGCGACUCUGACGUAACGCCAGUGGAGGAAGAACAUCCGGAAGUACAGCACGCUGAUAAGGUUGGUGAAGAUGAGGAGCCGGAGGAUGAUGUGCCGGUUGCCACUACGCCACAGGUGUUUGUUAAGCCAGUUCGCACGGACGAUGAACAGCAAGUUGAGCAGGUUGAGCAGGAUUCGGAGUUGGACGCGCAGAGUGUUUCUGAACACGCUACCACGCAGGCUGCUACUUUCGAUGACAGUGAGCAAACUACAACGGCAGAUGUUGCCGACGACAACAAGACGGUUGCUCCAGUAGCUACGGAACAGCAAACUACAGCUGCACCGGUGCAAGAUGGCGAGAAGGAAGAUAGUGAAAAGCCAGUAUUCAGUGACGAUGCCAGCGCUCCUGCUGCUGACGAUGAUGAGAGCCAGGAAGAAGGUACUGAACAGCAAACAGAUACACCUCCGAAAGUCCCAGUAGCACAGGCUGCUAAUGAUGUGUCGGAGGAGACAAUGUACCCAACCGAACCAGUGCCUGCUACCAAUGUGGCCGAUGUUACCGAAGCUGUAAUGAAAGAUUCUCAGGAAGACGAUCAGGUCGAGCACGACGAUGACGAACAGCAGACACGUACGACUCUACCACCACAGGUAACGCAAGACGAGAAAUAUCAGCCGCAGCCACAGGAAGCGGACGCCAUCGCUAAACCUACUGAGCCUGAACAGGAAGCGCCAAUGGAGGAUGAGGUCGAGUUCGAGCCUGAGCAGGAAAAACAAACGACGGCUGCACCACAGGCUGUGGAGGAGCAAGACCAGCACACGACGUUGCCAUCGACGGUGAGCAGCGCUAGCCUGGAUGAGGAGGUCGAACCAGAAGCAGAUAAGGAAGAAGACACCAUGGACGAAAAGGUUCACGUCACUACAGCACGCGUUCCAGCAACGGAAACUGACGAUAAGCACGAGGACCAACCCGAAGCCGAUCUGUCCGAACCCUCGAUCGGUGAUGCCGAUGAAGAGGAUUCGUACUCAACCACGUUCGCUACACCAGAACGAACGGGACUCGAUGACGCUGAGCAGGCCACGAAACCAGUGGAGAAAGAGAUGGCUGAAAGCAACACCACGGUCCAGCCACCUAGCCCAGUGUACGACGAGUCGAUCGAGCCAGAGGCAGACUCUCAGCAUAAGGACGCGCCAUCCAGUACAGCACUUCCAGUAACGACUGCUGCACCUUUGGAAGAGGAUGAAGUGCAAGAUAAUGACAAGGACGGCAAGGCAACGACGGUACAGCCUGCGUUGAUCAGUGAAGAGGAUAGUCAGCCAUCUACCACGGCGGCCUCAGUCCAGGGCGAACCAGAACGUGAUCUUCCCAGCGAAGGUACGGUCGUCAGUGAUGCACAGGACGAAGAGCAGACGGAUGAGGCCACCACACCGGCGAGUGUGCCGGAGAGUGACGAAAAGGUUCAGCCAACGGUAUCAUCGACCACCGGACUGCCGGUCGCCUUCGACGCGGUGGAAGUUGGAGCUACCUCGGAAGAAGAACACGACGACGCAGAACAGCCACAGACGGACGAUCUGAACGCGGACGAUGAAUCAUCCGAGGAGGCAGAAUCGUUGGCUGCAGUGACGACGCCACGAGCACCAGAAAAGGUUUCCACCACAGCCGAACCAGCCAGCAUCCCCGUGAAGGAGGUGUCCGCAGAGGAACUCACUCCCAAGCCUGAAGUGUACACGACGGUCGCCGCCGAGUCGGACUCGCAGGUCACCGAGCAGCCAACCACUGUGCAGCAGGAAGCGGAACAGACGUCGACCGAAGUGACGGCCGCGCACGCCGACACCACAACUACCUCCAAACCGGCGCAGGAUGAGAUUCAAACUACUGCUGCCGCGGUUGAUGUGAUCAAUCGUGACGAGGAACAGCAACACUCGGAAGCUCCGGAAGAGGUUGUUUCGCAGGAACCGGCCGUGACGACCACGUCGACAGCUGCUACCACCGCUCAACCGGUGGCAGCGGAGACAGACGGACCCGUACGAGAGUCAUCGCAGCCCGCAACGACGACGCAAGAAGAUCUCGCAUCAUCUACCGUAGCUGCACCAGUCGCGGCACAUGACGACAAGCUGGACGAAAAGGUGGACGAACAGGCCGUCGUGCCUGCUGUUCCCGAGAAGCCACAGCCGGUCAGUGAUGACAGCGAAGAGCAGCAGGAAGCAGUAAAGCCAACCUUCACCGAGGACGAACAUGACGACCAGCAGAAGGUGCCGGAGCCUGAAGUCGUUGGAGUGAGCGAGGAAAGCAGCAGCCCGGCGAAACCGACGCAGCAGCCGGAAACGGUCGGACCGUCGUACGGUGCGCCUGGUCAGCACUACGACACCGGCUACGGUCACAUGCCGCCCCACUACCCGCCGUCCUCGUACGAGGAUGACUACGGAGAGGAGGAGGAUCCGGCCGCGUUCGGGCCGGGCACCUGCCGCUACGGUGGCAAGCUGUACGUGUCCGCCCAGCAGAUCCCGCGCGACGAUCCGUGCGACUUCUGCUUCUGCUUCCGCAGCGACAUCAUCUGCCUGCAGCAGUCGUGUCCGCCGCCGAUCAGCGGCUGUAACGAGGAGCCGAUCGCCGGAUUCUGCUGCCCGCGGUACGAGUGCCCGGUGUCGAUGGCGACCGUGCUGAACGUGACGACCAGCACGACCACCACGACCACCACGCUGCCGCCGCACUUCCUGUCCCACGCGUACAAGGGGCACGUGCAGAAGCGCGGCUGCCAGAUACAGGGCAAGCCGUACAACGUCGGCGAAACCGUGGCGUCCGCGUCCGGUCCGUGCAUGCGCUGCACGUGCGGAGGCGACGGCCAGAUGCAGUGCGAACCGAAGGCCUGCAGCCCCGAGCCGAUGCUGCAGCAGAUGAUUGCGGUGGCGGCCGCCAGAAGGAGAUGAGCGGAAACGCCGGCCCCGCUGGACCGGAUUCUAGAGGACUCUUGAACGCGUGCUACGCUCGUCCGAGCGCACAUGGACCGCGCACUACAGCGUAUGAGUAGAACAGUAAGAUCGGUAGACAGAUACGGAAUAUAGCGAGAGAGAGAGAGAGAAAGAGAGAGUGGCGCUAACGGGACGCACGAUAUUAGGAGCUAAGUAACCCUAAAUAAGGACUGAGAUGGGUGGCAAACGGACGCACACACUUUACACAACACUAGCUGAUAGUAGGACGACGGUACGCGACGACGUUUUUUUCAGGGUAGAUCAUUACGGCUGUAGGAAUGACACACAAACACACACACACACACACACAUGUACACACUAGCGCACAAGACCGAUAACCGAUACAAGCGCCAUACAAUGCGGUCAAGAACGGUACACGUCCAUUGCUUCCUGUUUCCGAUUUUCCGGUAAAUGUUUUUAGAUCUUUCUUUUUUCUUUUAUUAUCGCAUUCCCCUUUUCCCCUUUUUUUGAUGCGGUACCGUUCCCGUCCCGCCUCAAUAACUCGAUCGUCGAUCGAACGACUCACGGACACGAGUGACCCACGGCCCAAGACGUUGAUACCGAUGUGCCAACCAGGCCGGGCCCAACAUCUGCCAGCCAGACCCGUAUGGCCCGGAAGCUGCUUGACACGUGGUCUUUUCAAACGCUCGACUGUUACCAAGCCGUGCGCAAACGUCGAUGCAAUCGCGUCGACUCCACCACCUUUGGGCAGCGCACAAAGCAGCAAAUCCACACACAAACACGCACGCACGAGGGCACGCACACCGUUGCGCCCUCGCCUUACAGGGGCAGUUGUGUGAGUGCUAUUAUCCUUUUUUUUCUCUCUGUUCAUUGAGUAGGUUUUGGUCUCCUUGCAAAUCAACGUGCAGCGCCCAGAGCCCGAUGAUUGACCGGUCGUAGUGUUGACGAGGGGCCGGCAGCCCGAUGGUUAUUUGCACUCCCUCGGACGCUCGGCCCGGCGAACUUUUCGAACAUUCACAGCGCAGUGAUGACUGUGUGGGAGGAACAGUGGUUCCUUCCCCGUGCACUGUAGUUCGAAAACGAUCGCUUGUACGAUCGCUUGAACAUUUGGCAAUAGACAUGGCGCCGUUUUAUGUUUUUUUUUCGGAAGCAAAUUCGUUUAGUUUCCUGCUUUCAGUGUUUUGUUGGUUCCGUCUUUCAAGGAGAAAAAUACCGAUUCGUACACCCCAGUUCUAGAAUGUCGACUGUAUGGUAGUUGAAGCAGGAACUACAAUCCAAACAUUCCACAUUCUUAAAAGUGUUACUCGAUCUAUCAGAUGGGGUACCGUUAAACAAAGCUGUUUCUACACACCAUGAAGGAUAUUGUGUUUUGUUUAAAUGAAGUGUUUGUGUGUAUGCGUGUGGAAGUGUGUGUUUCUGUGUGUGCGUGUGUGUGUGUGUAACGGACGUCAAUGGCGAAAGUUCGACGUCGCUGUACCUUCCCCUAAUAGAUUUCCCUUUUCCUCACCUGAAAUUCGCGUUAGUACAGUAGCAAGUGGCUCGUUAACGUAGUUUGGAGUUGUACUUGUGUCUUUCUACUUCGUUUUGCUACAAUUCGCUCUAAUUUAGGAUCACUCAAAGUGCUUUCACAUAGUUCGAGCAUAGUUUUGCCUCACUCACCAGUUACAAAAAAAAAAAAACAAAAACAUAACCCCGACAGUGCUUUCUUAUAUUUUUUUUUUUUUGGUUCGUGUGUGUUGCUAACGACCAGCAACGCUUGCGAUAAUGGUAUAGCUAUUUUUAAUAUUAUUGUUAAAUUUGUAUUUGUAUUACUGCUACGAUUAUCUUUUUAUCACUGUAUAUUUUGCCAUAACUUUAACGAAAACUCCCCUCCCCCCAGCACAAAGCACUGUACACGCUGGGGGUUCGUUCGUCUGUCAAAACGUAUGGCACGCGGAUUGCCAGCACGCAAGCAAAGCAAGAACCAAGUGCGGCUGUAAAAAUGAUCCACAAGAACAAAAUUUGCGCAUAACACAACGUUCAGGAGUAGUAGACGGGAGCAGGUGUAUUACAUGUAGAGGAAAAGCUUGCGUUGAGUUUGGCACGGGAGUCGUUGAGUCCCAUUUUCUUUUGAGUUUUUUUUUUAAUGUCCCAUUGCAACAACUUCGGUGCAUCUAGUUCUAACAGCAAACCCUACAAUCGUCGAAAAAGUUAGUCAACACACACACAUCCACUCAUACACACACGCACACAGUUACGAAAACCAACCAACCUCCCCUCCGCCUCUCCUUCUCGACCAGUUGAACUCAGGCAGGGCCAUCGCCAACUAUAUCAGACUCACCCUCAACUACCUGAAUACAACCAUAACAUAACCAGUUUGAUGCUGCAGAUGCAAGCUCAAACAUUUUUAAACCCCCCCCCCCCCUGGACCACCUAAUCGAAAACGAAAAUGGAAAAUGGAUGGAGAAACAACACGAACAAAACAGCCAGAGAGAUAAGAAAGGAAAAGUUAAGGAAAAGCAUUUAUCAGCCGCUGGCACACGUGGGGGCCCGCGCAACGUUAACGCGGGGACGCCGCGUGGUGACAGCGGCAGCGAGAUUCGCGAAAUUUGAAACCUGAAACAAGGGGGCUGAAAAACAAGAGGAAAAGGAACAGCAAACCGCGAUCCAGACAGGCGCAAUUUCUAAGACGUACGAGAGCAUCUCAGUGUGCGAUGAACCCGAGCGACAGCGCGUACGCUCGCCCGAGUUGUUUUCCCGUCCCUUGCUUCCCCCGGGGGAGCACAAUUCCUGCAGCACCAUCGCGCACCUCCCUUUCUUAGCGGUCUAAUUUAUUCCGGGUAUCCCUCACGGUAUCCCCCAAUUAUGUUUCCAUUACCAAAAUUGCACAAUUUGCAAUGAAAGGGGAGAGUGUUGUGCCUGCUGCUGCCGGGACACACACACACACACACCGGGGGAAGCACGGAAAACAGCUCGUCCUAGCUGCCUAGGGGUGUAUGCGGCCGGCGACCGAUGGCGCUCUUGCUCCGGUUCAUCCACUGACACCAACCGUUCAGCCGAUCGGGCUCGAGCGGGUAGGCAGGUUAGCCUAGUAGAUUAGGAAAGUAGUAUUUUUUUUUUUAAUUAUUAUUAUUACACUGAUAGCUGAUCUGGGGUGAUCUGCCACGCGAAGCGCUACCCCUCCCCCGCCCGCACACGAAUCUGUUCCAAGCUGGUUGGAAAGUGAGUGAAGAGUCGGAAGAAGAAGAAGAAGAAGAACAGGAAGAAGCAAUUAGGGAAAGGAAUGGGGAAAAAGCCCCUCCCCUCAGUAAGCAAGAGAAAAGCUAGGAAAACCCGUUGAGAGCUAGAGGCGAGCAAACGAGUUUGCACGUAACACCGGCGCGCAGGGGUUUUAAGGUACGACUGCUGGGGCUGGGAUGUGGAGUAAAACACGGGUAAGCACAUCCGGCCAGAACAUAUUAUAAUAGCAGUAAGUGAAAUAACGAGCGGGAGAAAGGGAUAGUGAAAGAAAGAAACGAGUGAAGGAGCGCGUGCGUGUGAGAGAGAAACAGAGAUAGAGAGAGAAAGAGAGAGAGAGAGAGAAAGAGAGAGAGAAACAGAAACAGAAAGAGAGCGAGGGAAAAGAAAUUGAAAGAUGCAAAAGAAAAAAAAUAAACAGAUAAUUCAGGAUAUUUUUAAGUGUCCUUUUAUACUGAAAUAAAAUUUUUACGUAAAAGCUAG